GUCCAAAGUUGUUUUAUUUUGUGAGAAGAAUGCUGUGUAAAAUGGAAGUGAGUUUUCUUGUUCUCUCCGUUCUCUUUGUCUUUCCCGCAACCGCUGAUGAUGACGUCAUUUUGGCUGUUCUGGGGAGCACCGUAGUUUUGGACUGUAAGAUUCCUCAGACUGACACCCUGAUCUGGGACCGGCCUGACGGCACGGUGCUCGCCAUCAAGGGCGCUGUUCAUCAGACCGUGAACGCCAGCAGGUUCAUACUGCGGAACGCCUCGGCGCUGCAGUCACUCAGCAUCCACGACCUGUUCCUGUCCGAUGACGGACAGUACAGGUGCUACGACUUGGCGGACGCCGGCAGGAAACAAAACUUCACAGUCAACAUCUUUGUACGACCCACCCUGUUUACUGUGAACGGACCAGACACUGUUAUAGAUGAGGGAUCUGUACAGACCCUAACAUGUACAGCGGACGGCGGAAAACCUCCACCCCUAGUACAGUGGCAUCUACUGGGUCCGAACACGAACGGAACCACUUACGUCGGACACGACGUGGACACGGUUCACGCCAACGGCACCAUUUCUCGGGUGAACACCCUUAGGUUGACGCUCGACAGGACGAUGUAUAAGGGGUCUGUGAUAUGUGACGCCAGCAUACAGUAUUUCUACCAAGUUCAACAAACAGUGGUUCUGAACGUUAACCUUGCUCCCCUGGCUCCGGUCUUUGAUAGCUUCACCGGAUUGUUUGAUGAUGGGGAGUUAAGAACCAUCACGUGUCAUAGUAACGGAAGUAGACCUGCAGCAAAAAUCUUCUGGAUGCUGAAUGGCGUUCGAGUUAACAGCACCUUUGUACAAGUAAUCAGAAACUCGGACGAUACUUACUUGGUCAGAGGGACGUUGAUUCGACACCUUACCAGAAACAUGGAGAACCAGGCUCUCUCCUGUGUAGUUACAAACCCAGUUUUACAAAAGACGUUUAUACAAAGUCUCAACCGCUCAGUUGUCCUUCUACCUAAUUACUCCCCCUCAAUAUCGGCAGAUAACGGAACUAGAACUGUUACAGAGGGGUCACCCCUGGUUCUUCAUUGUGAUAUAGAGGCGCGUCCAUUACCAAAUCCAAGCCAAACUCUGUGGUUCUUCAAUGGAUCUCCUAUAUCGGACUCCAGCUUCAACAUCACACGUGUGGACAAAUCUGUGUCUAGACUUUCUACAAGUCUGCAUGUGCAGCAUUUUCAUCGUGACCAAAGUGGGCAGUAUAGUUGCCAGGGUUACAAUCAUCUGGGAGCAGCUAAAAGUCCUCCUUUGAAUGUUCAGGCUCUAUAUAGUCCCAUCUGCUCGUUCUCUGGUGUUCAGAAACAUGCCGUUCGCAUUGGUGAUGACGUUGCACUCACGUGUCGAGUUACAGCCAGUCCAAACAACGUUACCAUGCGAUGGCGGUAUAUUCAAAGUAAUGCGCCAAUAAAAACUGGGCUUUUAGGAGACGUGGAAUCCCAGGCCGUGUCCUCAACUACCAUCCGCAUAGAUGUUGCAUCGAACAACCAAUAUUCGGACAUUGUUUGCAUUGCUACGAAUAUCGUUGGUGAUAUGAUGUUUCCAUGCAUGUAUCGUAUUGUCGAACCCAGUCCACCCGAAAUUCCUUUCAAUUGUUCCACCAAAGCAUUGAGCGACACAUCCGUGCAGGUAGAGUGUAAUCCAGGGUUCAAUGGCGGCUCUCCGCAGCACUUCCUGUUACAGAUGCUGGACAUCUCCACGGAGAGACAGAGCUUCAACACCAUCUCUAACUGGUCCUCGCCGUUAUUCACAGUCUCUGGGUUAACACCCGGCUCCAACUACACGUUCAGAAUGUGUUCUGGAUCCAGUGCUUUUGCGCGCACUAUCAGUUGCAGUAGACCAUUGAAAGUUAUUACAUCAGCAGCAGGGGUAGUCAACAAGAAACGAGUUUCGUCGCCGUCCGAGACCAGUACUACGCCCUACAUUAUCGGGGGCGUCGUUGGAUUUCUUGUGCUGUUGAUACUGAUAUCUGUCUUAGCUUAUUGUCUUCACAAGAAGCGAAAGAGAGGUGGAAAUGUGAUGCGCUCCAACCAAAUACCUUGGAGAACAAAUGAUUGGUUGAAACACAGAAAUGGGACGUCCACGGGUAUUAGUGUUAUUCCUGGAGCUCACAAUGAGGCUUUUGAAGAAGACAUUGUCAACGCCGAGAGCAAUAAACCAGAGAAUGCAGAAAAUCAACAAAAAUCGAUACAUAACCAUGGCAACGAAAAGCUUCGCAAACUAGAGGAAGGAGACUCUAUCAGGAUUUCUAAACUGACAGCUCUGACCCUUUUAGCUUUGUCAAAAGAACACUCUUCCCAUGAAUCCGAGAAAAUGGUUGAUUUAGAUUUUCUUGAUGAGCAAGUUACUGAUCUUGAUGAGUUAUCUAAUCCUAGAAGUCCUGGCUUAGUAUUAACUUCCGGUAGCCCGCGUCGUGACUUCUCAUACAGCGAAACUCGGUUAGACACAAUACACCCCGGUAAUAAAGCACUAGAAACAGAGCUUAACACGCAACUGUCAGAAGAAACUAGGCAAAUGUCGAGAUCUUCGCACGUACUUAACGAGGUCACACCGAGUUCUGUAAAAAGUAUAAAUGAUUAUAUAAAUUUGUCCUAUCCUGAUCGGAACCUCAAAAACACAGUAAAUGAAAAUGAAUCUACCAAAGAAGACAUGGAGGCCAUAAAGAAAACAUUUGUUUCUAGAUAUAGCUUACAAUUUCUAACGAAAAAUGACGAUAGCCCUUCUUUAAUUCAAAAUAGCCCUGCAUCAUCUACAAGUUCCGUAUCUGGUGCGGGAAGCCUUCGCGGCGCACCGCGAAGACAGAGUUACACGCUAGCGAUCAGUAGCGAUGAAGAGGGUACCACUUUGGCAAGAGAAGUCUUGUCUGCAUCAUCCAUCUGUGAAUCUUCCAUCUACGACGUCCCGAUGAACAGCGGCGGGUUUGAGGUGGACGAGUUUAAGACGGAGUCAAAGGAGACUGAUUCGGAGGAUCGCGCCCCAGUGAACGCUGAUUACGAGAUAACUGAUAUAUUUACUUCAGUGGAAUCGGGUCAAAGAGAACAGCUAGACAAUUCUGUUCUUUCUUUAGGGUUAUACGGGGGAGUCGAGAGGGGUAAUAUUACCCCAGAGAAAGAGAACUCUGGCCUAAAUCACGAUGAAACUAAGUCAGACUCGAGCAAUGAGCAGAGAGAUUCAAUCGGUGCUUAUUUCUGAAGACAUUCUAAUAAUGCGAAAGAGAUGCUCUCUUGAUUCCAGAGUUAUUUCCAUUUAAAUCAAUAUUAGAUCAUUUUACAUAAGCUGCUUCAACAGAUUAGGUAACUUUAUAUUCCACAUUGUUAGGUUUACCUUUGAUGUAUGACGAUCAACCAUACAGAGUCGCCAUGACAACGUUGAGCAUCGUAAAAAACAGAGCUGUACAGGUUGAAAACUCAGAGCUUUAUCUUUAACUUAAUUGCGUUUCUGUUUAGAUCAAAUUACACGGAUCUUUUGAAUUACAUCAUUAAUUACACAUGCCUUGGAAUGGCAAGAAAUUAAUUAAUUCUGUUAUAGUUGUUUAUAUUGUUUAUGAGUUUAUUGACGGAUUAUCUAGGGCAUCUCCCUCCGUAAUGUGGCUGUAUCAAGAAUUUCUUGAGAAGUACAUGUAUUUCAUUGAAAUCAUUCCCUUUAACUAUGUGUCAUAUUUUAAACUUGGAAUUUACUGGGUGGGUGUAACGACAAAAUUUGAAUUAUGUCGUAUUGUUAAUUUUGAACUUUCAUCCUUCCAGCAAAUUUAUAAAUUUGACGCAUUUUAUUUGACUACAUGUAUUUCAUUUAAAAAAUAUCUGCCCAAUUGAAAUUUGCCGCCGAUAUUUUUUAUAACAGUUGUGCCGGUAUGAAAUAAUAGUAUUUAUGCGAUGAUUAGAAAAUACAUAAUUCCUAAAUAAGAAAAUAAUGAUCAUGUGCGCUAUAACCUCAAAACAGGACGAAUGAGAUACCUUAAGAUCGAUAAAUUUUAAAGAUCUUCCUGGACAAUUCACAUGUUCAUGUUAAUACAUUAAUAUUGUACUUGCAUUUUUAUCAUUGUGUCUUUGUUUAUGUUCUUGAUGUAUGCUUCUAAUCUACCUGUGAUCUAGUUUUCAGUGAAUAAAGAAUUGAGAAAUAGAGUUAGUUG